AACCACCAAAACACCACCUUUGAUACCCCCAAACCGCUUCGCCAAGAGCUUCUCUCCGCAGCUCCCAACUUCCACAGUCUUCACAUUCACUACCUACCGCCACCAUGGUCGUCGGCAAACUUGCGCACUACGCCUUCGACGCGGUAAUAAUAUCCGCCUUCCUCGCCGGCGUCCGACGCUCCACGGGCCUCACUCCCAGUGUGAAGCCGGACCAGUUCUCCGAAACACCGGGCGUGAAGAAGUGGAUCGACAAUUACCUCUGGGUCGGCGAGACGGUCAUGGAUCAGAGCGUGGCGUUUUUCGCGUCGAGUUCGUACUUCGAGAGGAAGCGGUAGAGGUGGGGGGUGGACUACCCGCUUUUCUCGUGGCGUAGAGGGUGCGAUUGAAAAUGGGGUGAGAUGUGUGUACAUUGGGGCGAACGAGAAUGAUUGGAUGACGAGACAUGUGCGCGUGGGACUGGAUUCCUCGACUACGACUACAAGCACGAUGGCGUUUGGGGCUGGUGCUAGCUUUUGUUUUGCGAAGACCGAAAUGCAUCACUUUUACGAUCUGGAGAAAG